AUGGACCGGGUGCCCCUGGGGGCCUACCUGCAGCUGCAGGAGCUGGAUUUGGCCAACAGCCCAUGGGUGUGGAGGAGGACUCCCUCCAGACAAGGGCUGGCCCUGACACCCGGAUUUCCGCCCGAGACCGGACGUGGCUGGGCUGCCCCCAGACCUCAUACCUGCGGCGGCCACCUGGGGGUGGCAGAAAGGGCAGCUGGGUCCCUGCCGGGCCUCCGAGAGGCUGGCCCAGGCACACUGACCCCCUCUCCGAAGGGGGUGAAGGUGAUGCUCACAGUGUGCUGGGGACCCCUAGAGCCCCCAGCUGUGCGGCAGGCCAGCCAUGGGGACGGGGCCAGGCCGCCCCCCGGGUCCUCGUUGUCUGCAGGCCUGUCCCAGCCCACGUCACGGGCUCUCCCCGUGGGGACCGGGUCGGGCCGGCGGGUCCAGGGUGGAGGGUCCACCCUGUGCGGGGAGCCCACCUGCCGACUGGCCAGGCUGAGCAGGAGGAGCUCACCACUCGGGCCCCGACAUCCCCCAAGAGGGCUGGGCCUCAAGGGCCCGGCAACCCUGGUGCCCUGA